UACUCGUCGUCUUCCUCAGCGCGGCGCUCUAGCUCGCCCCCUCUCGGCCUCCGAGCUCCACAGUCCACACAAGCCGCUCGCCUGUCUCCGGCCUCCAGCUCCUGGGCUCCCACCCCGAGCCGCCGCUAAUCGUACUGACCGCAGAUCUUUCUCCCACGCGCGCGCUUAAUUUCCCUCGUGCGGCACCGCUCGCUGUCAUCCUCGUCCGCUCUGCUCUGCCUGGUUCGAUUUGCUACUUCGCUUCAACCCCCCGACGAACUCUCUGUUCUUGCGCGUCGUGUACCAUGUCAGGGGCCAUUGCUUCCUCGUCCGCGGCGUUCUUCUUGCUCCCUACCCCCUCCUCGUCGCCGCGGCGCCGGUGGAGCACGGUGAGCAGCGCGCUGCGCUCGUACGGGGCCGCCGGCGCCAGUCUGCAUUGGGCGCGGCGCGGAUUUUCGCGCGACGGAACGCCGCCGUGCGCCGUGGCGGCAUCAUCGCCGGCGGCCGGUGGUGAGGAGGGCGCGGCGAAGGCGGCAGGGCAGCGCAGCAAGCUCAUGGCUGCUGAAAAUGAGGAUGCCGCAUCGCCAGAAGCAGCUGCAUCUGCACCGAAGCUUGAGGGUAGCGUUGCAGAGCAAAAUGGGAUAGCUGGAACCGUCUCCAGGGCCGAACUAGGUGGCAGUGUCCAAGUCUCAGAGUCGGCGGCUGCGGCGUCUGGCUAUUGGAAAGAUGUCGUUGUCGGAGAUCAGGUUGGACCUAAGGUUGACACCAGUGGAGAUUCAGAAGUGAUGAGUUAUUCGGAUGACAGUGAGAACAAGGGGUCUGCUCCUUUGGCUGGGCCAAAUGUGAUGAAUGUCAUCGUUGUGGCUUCUGAAUGUGCUCCUUUCUGUAAAACAGGUGGUCUUGGAGAUGUUGUGGGUGCUUUGCCCAAGGCUCUGGCAAGACGAGGACAUCGUGUUAUGGUCAUUAUACCGAAGUAUGGAGAUUACGCCGAAGCCCGCGAUCUUGGUGUUCGCAAGCGUUACAAGGUAGCGGGACAGGAUUCAGAAGUGACUUACUUCCACUCUUAUAUCGAUGGAGUUGAUUUUGUGUUCUUAGAAGCCCCUCCCUUCCGGCACCGGCACAAUGAUAUUUAUGGAGGAGAAAGACCGGAUGUUCUGAAGCGUAUGAUUUUAUUCUGCAAGGCUGCUGUUGAGGUUCCUUGGUACGCCCCAUGCGGUGGUACUGUCUAUGGUGAUGGCAACUUAGUCUUCAUUGCAAAUGAUUGGCAUACUGCACUUCUACCUGUAUAUCUGAAGGCGUAUUACCGAGACAAUGGCUUGAUGCAAUAUACCCGUUCUGUUCUCGUGAUACAUAACAUCGCUCAUCAGGGACGUGGCCCUGUAGAGGACUUCUUCAACAUGGACUUGCCUGAGCACUACAUCGAUCACUUCAAACUGUAUGACCCCGCCGGCGGCGAGCACAGCAACGUGUUCGCUGCUGGCCUGAAGAUGGCAGACCGGGUGGUCACCGUCAGUCACGGCUACAUGUGGGAGCUGAAGACGAUCGAAGGCGGCUGGGGCCUCCAUGACAUAAUCAACCAGAACGAGUGGAAGCUGGACGGCAUCGUGAACGGCAUCGACACGGCCGAGUGGAACCCCAAGGUGGACGUGCACCUGCACUCGGACGACUACACCAACUACACCCUGGAGACGCUGGACACGGGCAAGCGGCAGUGCAAGGCGGCGCUGCAGCGGCAGCUGGGCCUGCAGGUGCGCGACGACGUGCCGGUGAUCGGGUUCAUCGGGCGGCUGGACCGGCAGAAGGGCGUGGACCUCAUCGCGGAGGCGAUGCCGUGGAUCGCGCAGCAGGACGUGCAGCUGGUGAUGCUGGGCACGGGGCGGGCCGACCUGGAGGACAUGCUGCGGCGGUUCGAGGGCGAGCACCGGGACAAGGUGCGCGGUUGGGUUGGGUUCUCGGUGCAGAUGGCGCACCGGAUCACGGCGGGCGCUGACAUCCUGCUGAUGCCGUCGCUGUUCGAGCCGUGCGGGCUGAACCAGCUCUACGCGAUGGCGUACGGGACCGUCCCCGUGGUGCACGCCGUCGGCGGGCUCCGGGACACGGUGGCGCCGUUCGACCCGUUCGGCAACGCCGGGCUCGGGUGGACGUUCGAUCGGGCGGACGCCGGCAGGAUGAUCGACGCGCUGGGGCACUGCCUGAACACGUACUGGAACUACAAGGAGAGCUGGAGGGGACUGCAGGCCCGCGGCAUGUCGCAGGACCUCAGCUGGGACCACGCUGCCGAGCUCUACGAGAACGUCCUCGUCAAGGCCAAGUACCAGUGGUGAUGCACUGAUGCCUCUCCUCCAAUGCACGCACGGAGACGGUCGGAAUGGCGUUCAGGUCGCUCUUCCGACGAUCACACACUGGCGCCCCGGCCGGAGUAACUAGGGGGCACAUGCACAAGGGGCAAGUAGUGAGCCGAACCCGCGGUGCCGCCCAAGUUUGG